UGGGAUGGUGGUGGCAGGUCGCAGGUGAGGAUGGUGGGGUGGAGAGCGUCCUGGGCGGGAAGGGUCCUCGGCCUUAGGCGAUGGGCUCCGUCCUUCAGUUUCCUGCCUGGGCGCGGCAGUGUCCGCCCGGCGCUCAGCUGCGGAGCAGCAGAGAAACGCGAUAGGAGGCAGCAGCUGGCUUCCCACCACCCUAAAAAUAAUCGCCGCCGCUGCGCCGCCGACCCGGAGGAAACGUCGCCCAUGGAGUGCGCGAGCUCCUCGGCUCGCUACGGAGCGCUCACCAGCCGCUUUGGGCAGUCGCUGGCUGAGUUCGGUGUACUCCUUUGAAAUCUGCAGACUUUGGGAAGGCUUUUGGAAGGUAGCUCAAGUGCGCUGGUAGGGGGACUAAGUACCGGAGCCAAACCCAAGGCUAAACAAACAGGAAGAGAUGAAUCUUUCUUUUUGUGGGAACCAGCGCUCCUCCUAUAGCAUCUCUUGUGGUGUUCUCCAGAACCCCUGCUUUGUGGACGCGCUCAACCUGGUCCCUCAUGUCUUCCUGCUCUUCAUCACCUUCCCUAUAUUGUUCAUUGGAUGGGGGAGCCAAAGUUCAAAAGUGCAAAUUCAUCACAACACAUGGCUUCAUUUUCCCGGACAUAAUCUGAGAUGGAUUCUGACGUUUGCGCUCCUGUUUGUGCACGUUUGUGAAAUAGCAGAAGGCAUUGUUUCAGACUCGCGGCGGGAGUCCAGGCACCUCCACCUCUUCAUGCCAGCCGUGAUGGGAUUUGUUGCCACGACAACGUCCAUCGUGUAUUAUCAUAACAUUGAAACGUCAAACUUCCCUAAACUGCUUCUAGCUUUAUUCCUGUAUUGGGUAAUGGCCUUUAUUACAAAGACAAUAAAGUUGGUCAAAUACUGGCAGUUGGGAUGGUGGGUGUCAGAUCUGCGCUUCUGCAUCACAGGAGUGAUGGUCAUCUUGAAUGGGCUGCUGAUGGCUGUGGAGAUCAAUGUCAUCCGGGUCAGAAGAUAUGUUUUCUUCAUGAAUCCUCAGAAAGUGAAGCCUCCGGAGGACCUCCAGGAUCUGGGUGUGAGGUUCCUCCAGCCGUUCGUGAAUUUACUGUCUAAAGCAACUUACUGGUGGAUGAACACGCUCAUCAUAUCUGCUCACAGGAAGCCUAUUGAUCUGAAGGCGAUUGGGAAGUUGCCGAUAGCCAUGCGGGCAGUGACGAACUAUGUUUGCCUGAAAGAUGCCUACGAGGAGCAAAAGAAAAAGGUCGCUGAGCAUCCGAAUCGGACCCCGUCCAUAUGGCUCGCCAUGUACAGAGCGUUUGGGAGGCCCAUCCUGCUGAGCAGCACGUUCCGGUACUUGGCUGACUUGCUGGGGUUCGCUGGUCCUCUCUGCAUCUCUGGAAUAGUCCAGCGUGUGAACGACACCCAGAAUGGGCUGAAUAGCACGACAGGCGUUUCAGAGAAACUCUCGUCGAAGGAAUUUCUGGAAAAUGCCUAUGUGCUGGCUGUCCUGCUUUUCCUGGCCCUUAUCCUGCAAAGGACAUUUUUGCAGGCUUCCUACUAUGUGACCAUAGAGACAGGCAUCGACCUCCGUGGCGCUCUGCUGGCUAUGAUAUACAAUAAGAUCCUUCGGCUCUCUACCUCUAACCUAUCCAUGGGGGAGAUGACCCUGGGACAGAUCAACAACUUGGUUGCUAUAGAAACCAAUCAGCUCAUGUGGUUCUUGUUCCUGUGUCCCAAUCUGUGGGCCAUGCCUGUUCAGAUCAUCAUGGGGGUCAUCCUGCUGUACAACUUGCUUGGAUCAAGUGCGCUGGUUGGUGCUGCGGUCAUUGUGCUCCUUGCACCAAUUCAGUACUUCAUUGCCACGAAGCUGGCAGAGGCUCAGAAGAGCACGCUGGACUAUUCCACUGAGAGGCUGAAGAAGACAAAUGAGAUCUUGAAAGGCAUCAAGCUCCUUAAGCUCUAUGCCUGGGAACACAUUUUCUGCAAAAGCGUGGAAGAGACUAGGAUGAAGGAGCUCUCCAGCCUCAAGGCCUUUGCUCUCUACACGUCGCUGUCCAUCUUCAUGAAUGCAGCGAUCCCCAUCGCAGCUGUCCUUGCAACAUUUGUGACACAUGCAUAUGCCAGUGGAAACAACCUGAAACCAGCUGAGGCCUUUGCCUCUCUGUCUCUCUUCCACAUCCUCGUCACGCCGCUCUUCCUGCUGUCCACGGUGGUAAGAUUUGCAGUCAAAGCCAUCAUCAGUGUUCAAAAGUUGAAUGAGUUUCUCUUGAGCGACGAGAUUGGCGAGGACAGCUGGAGAACUGGGGAGGGCGCCCUGCCUUUCGAGUCCUGUAGGAAGCACACCGGAGUGCAAUCAAAACCGAUAAACAGGAAGCAGCCUGGAAGAUACCACCUGGACAGCUAUGAGCAAGCACGACGGCUUCGGCCGGCAGAGACAGAAGAUAUCGCGAUAAAGGUGACAAAUGGCUACUUCUCGUGGGGCAGUGGCUUAGCCACAUUAUCCAAUAUCGACAUUCGAAUUCCAACAGGUCAGUUAACCAUGAUUGUGGGCCAAGUGGGAUGUGGGAAAUCGUCUCUUCUCCUGGCCGUCCUUGGUGAGAUGCAGACCCUGGAAGGGAAAGUUUACUGGAGCAAUGUAAAUGAAUCAGAGCCUUCUUUUGAAGCAACCCGAAGCCGAAGCAGGUAUUCUGUGGCGUAUGCCGCCCAGAAGCCCUGGCUUCUGAACGCUACCGUCGAGGAAAAUAUCACUUUUGGAAGUCCUUUCAACAGACAGAGGUACAAAGCUGUCACCGAUGCCUGCUCUCUUCAGCCAGAUAUUGAUUUGUUACCAUUUGGAGACCAAACUGAAAUUGGAGAAAGGGGCAUCAACCUGAGUGGCGGUCAGAGGCAGAGAAUCUGUGUGGCACGGGCACUCUACCAAAACACUAACAUUGUCUUCUUGGACGAUCCGUUCUCUGCCCUGGACAUCCACCUGAGUGAUCACUUGAUGCAGGAAGGAAUCCUGAAGUUUCUCCAGGAUGACAAGAGGACAGUUGUUCUUGUGACUCACAAAUUGCAAUACCUGACACACGCUGACUGGAUCAUAGCCAUGAAGGACGGGAGCGUGUUAAGAGAAGGCACUUUGAAAGACAUUCAGACCAAAGACGUGGGGCUCUACGAACACUGGAAGACCCUCAUGAAUCGACAAGAUCAGGAGCUAGAAAAGGAUAUGGAAGCAGACCAAACAACACUAGAGAGGAAGACGCUCCGCAGAGCCAUGUAUUCAAGGGAGGCCAAAGCGCAGAUGGAGGAUGAAGAUGAAGAGGAAGAGGAGGAGGAAGAUGAGGAUGAUAACAUGUCGACUGUAAUGAGGCUUAGGACCAAGAUGCCCUGGAAAACCUGUUGGUGGUACCUGACUUCAGGAGGUUUUUUCUUGCUCUUCCUCAUGAUCUUCUCCAAGCUUCUGAAGCACUCGGUGAUUGUGGGCAUAGACUACUGGCUGGCUACAUGGACAUCUGAGUACAGUAUAAACCACACUGGAAAAGCUGACCAGACGUUCUACGUGGCUGGGUUCAGCAUCCUCUGUGGAGCUGGCAUUUUCCUUUGCCUUGUCACCUCUCUCACUGUAGAAUGGAUGGGUCUCACCGCCGCCAAGAACCUUCACCACAACCUCCUUAAUAAGAUAAUUCUUGGGCCAAUAAGGUUCUUUGAUACUACCCCCCUGGGGCUGAUUCUCAAUCGCUUUUCUGCUGAUACUAAUAUCAUCGACCAGCACAUCCCUCCAACGCUGGAGUCCCUGACGCGCUCCACUCUGCUCUGCUUGUCUGCUAUCGGGAUGAUCUCCUACGCCACACCCGUGUUCCUCGUUGCCCUUGUGCCCCUCGGUGUCGCCUUUUACUUCAUCCAGAAAUACUUCCGAGUCGCCUCUAAGGAUCUCCAGGAACUUGAUGACAGCACCCAGCUUCCCCUGCUUUGUCACUUCUCAGAAACUGCCGAAGGGCUCACCACUAUCCGGGCCUUUAGGCAUGAAACCAGAUUCAAGCAACGCAUGCUAGAGCUAACAGACACGAACAACAUUGCCUACUUGUUUCUCUCGGCUGCCAACAGAUGGCUGGAGGUCAGGACGGACUACCUGGGAGCUUGCAUCGUCCUCACAGCAUCCAUCGCAUCCAUUAGUGGAUCUUCCAAUUCUGGACUAGUGGGCUUGGGUCUUCUGUAUGCCCUCACGAUCACUAACUAUCUGAAUUGGGUUGUGAGGAACUUGGCUGACCUGGAGGUCCAGAUGGGUGCAGUGAAGAAAGUGAACAGUUUCCUGACGAUGGAGUCUGAGAACUAUGAAGGCACCAUGGAUCCUUCUCAAGUCCCAGAACAUUGGCCACAGGAAGGCGAGAUCAAGAUUCACGAUCUAUGUGUUAGAUAUGAAAAUAACCUGAAGCCUGUUCUGAAACAUGUCAAGGCGUACAUCAAACCUGGGCAGAAGGUGGGCAUCUGUGGUCGCACUGGCAGUGGGAAGUCAUCCUUGUCUCUGGCUUUCUUCAGAAUGGUCGACAUAUUUGAUGGAAAGAUAGUCAUCGAUGGGAUAGACAUUUCCAAACUGCCAUUGCACACACUGCGCUCCAGACUGUCCAUCAUUCUUCAGGACCCGAUUCUCUUCAGUGGCUCCAUCAGAUUUAACUUGGAUCCUGAGUGCAAGUGCACCGACGACAGGCUCUGGGAGGCCCUAGAAAUUGCCCAGCUGAAGAAUAUGGUCAAAUCUCUGCCAGGAGGGUUAGAUGCCGCCGUCACUGAAGGGGGGGAGAACUUCAGUGUUGGGCAGAGGCAGCUGUUUUGCUUGGCCAGGGCCUUCGUGCGGAAGAGCAGUAUACUUAUUAUGGAUGAGGCCACAGCUUCCAUUGACAUGGCCACGGAAAACAUUUUGCAGAAAGUAGUAAUGACAGCUUUUGCGGACCGCACCGUCGUAACCAUAGCUCAUCGCGUGUCUUCUAUUGUGGAUGCAGACCUUGUUUUAGUCUUUUCUGAGGGUAUUUUAGUGGAGUGUGAUACUGGUCCAAACUUGCUCACGCACAAGAAUGGCCUCUUUUCUACCUUGGUGAUGACCAACAAGUAGACCAGCAUGAUCUGCUCCGCCAGGUGUCUCCUUCUCUGGUAGUUGUCCUAGCAGAAUCCACUGAGUAAGGCAGAGCUGAGGCUUCGACUGAAGAGAGUUCUGGCCGGAGGGUGGGGGUGGGGUCCUAACCAUGGGGUCUAACCGCAUUGGUCAGCUCACCUAAGUGCUUGCAUCGUGUGAUACUAACUGAGGAACAUCCUAUGUUUCCAAAGACAGCACUAAAGGAGCAAGAAUGAGGUUCUCCUCUGUCCUAAGGACCAGUUGAUUUGAGGCUGUUUUCUAGUCACCCUUAAAAAUGCCUUGUGUGUUACCUGCCUCUAAGGUUUUAUGUGAAUACUUGCUGCUCUUGGGAGAAAGGCCACUCUUUGAAGGGCAUCCAGGAAAUGACUUCCUAUGGAGCCCAGGUUAAAAAAAAAAAUCUCUAAUUUUCCUGAUAAGUUCUGUGGUUCUUCCUUCAUGAAGGGCAAUGGCCUCAUAAAUUCAUUCUCACCAUGGUAAAUGCUUUAAGAGGCUAGAGAACCAGCUAGCAUGAAAAACACUUCUGGAGUACAGUUCAAGACCUGUCUCACUAGAAACAUGUAGGGAGAUAUUUGGGAGAAGGAAGAAUCUCCCGUUGCCCCUUGCUGAGUGGGAGGAGAGAGGAAUGUUGGACCCUUGCUAACCCAGGAGACCAAGUCUCCACUCUGCUCUGCACACAGCAUGGGGGUGCUGGGUGGUCCAAGGGAGUCUUCAUAAUUUCUCUCUUUAAAUGAAAAUGUGCGUUCUUUUGCCCUCUUUCUAAUGGUAUUUGCAGAAUACUUUACACACACAUUUCUUCUGCCCAGGCUUCUGGUGUGAAGGUUGUUAAACUCCGAAUGUCCCCCUCACACCUCACAGGAGGGAGGUGCCACAGUGACUGCAGAGCCCACACUUCUUCACAGACAGCCCACGCUUAUUGUGGGCUCCUCCAGAGUUACCCACAGCUUUGCUAAGAUUUGUUUUCUUUCCUGCCUGAAAGUUCUCCUGGUGCCUUGUUCACCCACCGCUGAAACAUCAUAAAACAGCUUUAAAAUACAAGUUUUUCUAGCUUCCUAAAAGGGGCCGUGACAAACAGAAUUAGUUCCUGCUAUUUAUUUAUGGGAACAAUUUCUUCCUCACUCUCACUUGGAUUAACUUCUGUGGAGCAUUUUGAAAUUUUCAUCAACACUAUUACAGCUGACCCCACACUUUCUCAACAACCAAAAAUAAUGUGAAUUAAUGGAGUAAACAUAAGCUAUAUUUAUCUCUGUUGGCUAAAAUUUCUCAGUGUUUUUAUUAUUUUAGUAAACAUUAUUUUAGACAAUUAUAGCAAUGUUUAUAAAACUGUCUUCGUAGAUAUAAAAGCCAAGUUCUUUUUCAAAGCACUUCUGAUAUGGUUAUUAAAGAAACAAUAUUUUUCCCAAAAGAAAAUGCAUUGUUAUAAACAAUCUGUUGUGCGUAUUACUUUCAAAUGCACAGGGAUGCAAAUGGCUCCGAUUUUUUUUCUCAAAGAUGGACAUUGCCCCCAACUUCUGGCAAAUUCCUAAAGAUAGCUGGGGUGACUACUGAGAACUGGAAAGUGGCUCGUGGGGCUCGAGUCACUACAAGUCUAAAGUCCAUCGCACAUCUCAGACAGCAAGGACAGAAGAAUAGACAAGAACUCAAAUAGUUUUACAUUGGUUCCACAUCAAAAUGCUAACGCAGUGGACGGAUUGAAGAUGCAUGUUACCACACACACACACACACACACACACACACACACACGCACACGCUGCUUUCAACUGCUGGUUGAUACUUUUAAAAUGGAUCUCCAAGCAAAUUUAAAAUUGCAUGAGGCUGACUUUUUUGCUCUGGCAGGCAGGUGAAGGGUGCCUUACACCACGUGUGUGUACUUAGAAAGAUGCCUACAGUCAACACACCUGAGGCAUCCUCGCCUUGGCAUUCAUAGGAUGGUACCAAAAACCUCAGCAGAUUUCUGUAUUGGAAAGUUGAGAUUUUUGUGUCCUGUUCUAGUUUAACAGUUUUCUGAGAUACACUUCCUGUAGGUUCUUCACGGGUAUUUCCCUAAUGAUUGGCCAUGUUAGUACUUUAACUGCAGAGGCUGAGCUCAGAGAGAGUAAAGGCACCACACAGAGUUUUCCUUUCUAAACCACAGAGAAUUCCUAGCAGCAGCUGGCAUUUAUCAUUUGCUUUCAUGUGCCAGGAAAGGUGAACAGUUUCCCUGCAAAUGUUCUCACAUCGUGCUGGAAAGCAGGGCCAUCACUACCACCAUUAAAGGCGCAAAGCUGCAGCAUCCCUGGUGAGGAUGGUCUGACAGGAGAGCCUGCUCACAUCCAUGGCCAUCACCCUCAUUGUGGUUGGUGAACCUCCCCUGAACUAGCCAGGCUCAGUAGCAGCAUGGGAGCGCUUUGCCCUCCAAAGUUUGUAAAGCUGCCUCGAUAAUGAUUCAGUGGUAAUUCUGCUGUUAAUUAUCCAUGUCAUCUCUCUAUUUCUCUUGAUCUGUCUGAACCCUAACCCUAACCCUGAUAAAGUAGAGAGGGAGGAAACCCACAGCUGAAGAACAUUUUGAUGACUCACAAGUACAUGUGUGUGGUGCACUUACCAUGUGACGCAUGCUUGAUAAAUGGCAGUUUUAUUAGUAUUGAUAAGUAACACCAAAGCCCUGCUUCCAAGGGUGCCACAUGGGAAGUGAGCCAGUGAGUGGCUCUGUCAGGUAAGAGCCUGCAUGCCAAUAACUCUGGACAUUGCGUUCAAAUGUUGAACACCAGAACGGACUUCUCCAGGUGGGACUCCCAGACCCGAAUCUCUCAGGGUGCUUCUUCUUGUUUGUUAAUCCAGGGACUUAGUGGGCUCACACGUGACAUGAUUGUAAUCAAGAACCCAACUGCUUCCCAAUGGCUCCUGUUAGCGUUUCAUUGAGACACAUUUAUUAGCAUGCAUAGCUGUCAAGUUUCAGUAAAAUAAUGACACUAAAGCUGCACUAAAGUUAAGACAGAGCAAACAGAACCCCAUUCUGCCUGCCUGUGUUUAAAACUAUAUGAAUGAAUAAAUAAAAGAAAAGGGCAUUCCUUGGCACACCCGCAGUAAAGAAGCAACCACGCAUGACCAGUCUAUGAAAUAGUCAUAUUCGUUGUUUUGACUCUUGGGCUCAAACUCAUUACCAAUGUUGCUCUUUCCGCAUUC